AUGGAUCAUGACAAUGAGAAUCCAGCAACCAAAAAGGUAAGGAAUCGAGAUGACGCACCCUCAAUUCCGUCUGAGGAAAUCUCAAUCGACAAUUCGAACGCUCCAAAUCAAGGGAAUGCCCCAUCCUUUAAGAAGUCUCUGUUACAAGACCAACAAGGGAAGAACAACAAAGGCUUCCACCAUGUCACUGUCACAACAGAACCAGGCGAUGUGACUUAUACAGUUGAGGAUGGUAUGCCUGCUAUCAACUUUGCAGACCGGAUCAAAAAGAGGAUGGAAUAUGCAAUGUCUUACUCACUUGUUGUACGCUCCUUGGGGAGGAACUUCAGCUUCCUGGCUAUUGAAAAAAGGGUCUCUUCACUCUGGAAACCGAAAGGGAGGAUUAAUCUUGUGGAUUCGGUUGAUGAGUAUCACAUCAUUCGGCUCACACAUGAGGAGGAUUACUACAAUGCCCUUCUCAACGGGGCCAGACAUUGCAAACCUGUGGGCAAAUACUUGAAGGCAGAUAACAAUACGCUAAAGGUGGAGAGGGGGAAGUAUGCCUGUUUGGCGGUUGAAUUGGAUUUAACGAAACCCCUAGUCAGAAAAGUGAAGGUGGACGGGAAACCUUAUACAGUUGAAUAUGAGGAUCUUAGAAGGAUUUGCUAUGAUUGCGGUAAAUACGGGCACACCAGGGAUGAGUGCAGAGAAGCUCCGACGAGAAGUUCAGACCCGGCAGCUCCGGCGGCAUCGGAACACUUGCCCCAUCUCAACGAACCUUCAGCAGUCCCAACGGCUGGCCAGCAAACGGGACCCUCAGACUCCUCAACGGUCGACAAAAAUUGGGAAUGGGCGGCGCGACUACCAAUGCAAUAUAAGCAAUCCCCCAAUAUGGGGAAGGGCCGAGUUGGUGGUAAGGAGACAGAAGCAUCCAAGGGUGGUAAACAAGGCCCAAGUAAUAAGGCAGUCAAACUAACUGUAGAGAAAUCAGAGGUCCCUUCCGCCGGAGAUUCGACGGUUGCUGCUGGGGAAAUCACAAAACACUCAGCGAUUCAAAUUCCCCAUCCCAAUCCACGUACACCCAAACCAACACUCCCUUCUACUCCUACCUCAACCGAUUUAAUGGCAAUAAACAACCCAUCACCGGCUGCUAGAAAACCUCCCGAUCCGGAGCGUGGUUUCCACCUCAAACCCCAGCUCAAAAUCCAGCUGGGUAAGGGGGAAGAACCGCCUGACAAUAAUGAAUCAUCUAUAGAAGAAGCAGAACUGAGCGGUGAUGCAAUGGUGGAGGACCAACGGAGGGUGGCCAAUGAAGACCACUGGUCCAACGCCGAUUUGGAACAGCUUCCGGACGCCGAUAAGUUUAAUGCCAAAGGCAGCCUUCCGGGUGAGAGGAAAUUUUUCAAAUAUUGGGUAGCGUGGGAGUCACAUGAUAAAUGGGAAGAGUGGCUAAGGCAGAAUUGGAAUACUAAUGUGUUGUUCCCCGAGGCUCUGUCGAAACUCACCGAGCGACUAGAUGAUUGGAAAUACAACGUCUUUGGGGACAUUAACAAGAGAAAGAGUAGACUGCUGGCUCGGCUGGGGGGUUUGCAAAGGAUCCUGGUGUCAACUCAGUCGGCGAGGUUAAGGAAUUUGGAGAAAGAAUUAAGAGAGGAGUACGAAGCUUUAGUAACUCAGGAAGAUCUUCUAAGAGCUCAAAACGUGAAGGCUGUGUGGCUGACACGGGGUGACCGCAACACUAGGCUUUUCCAUUCAACGUUUAGAAGCAGCAAACAUAGACAAAAAAUCAGAGCAAUGCAGCUGGAAGAUGGCUCUUGGGUCUCGGACAAUCGAAGACUGGGGGAGGAAGCCAAGGCUUUCUUCAAAACAGUUUACACUGGGCCAGGUACUGGUUGUAGAGAUUAUGGCAUCAGGGGUCUGUUUCCACCCUUAGACCAACAAACCAAGCUGUUACUAGCAAAGGAAGUUAAUGAUGAGGAGAUAAGAGCGGCAGUGGCCGAAAUGAAUAAGUUUAAAGCCGGUGGGAUCGACGGAGAACCAUUCUUGUGGAAGGAUGUUCUCGCAGCCACGUACGAAGUGAACUUAGAGACUCUUCCUAAUGAUAUCUCCAGGGUCAAAGUUACGUCCCUUUGGAAACAAGUGUCGAAAUUGUGGCCAGUAGCUUUAAAUGGAAUUCGAUGGUUGGUGAACGGUGGGAAGAGAGUUAAAUUUUGGUGUGAUUAUUGGGUGGAGGAUUUUGGUCCCCUAGCAUUGCACACGAAGAGGCAGAUUCUUGCAGCUGACAGAAGCAGAAAAGUUAUAGAAUAUGUGGAUAAUCAUGGGGACUGGGACUGGUGCAGAUUAAGCGAAUUAUUACCUGUAGUAAUCUUAGAAAGAAUCAGGGUAGUGCCUCCACCAGAAAGAGGGCUAGAAUCGGAUAGGCCAGUGUGGAGAUUUACAGAAUCAUGA